ACCUGCAUCCCGUGAACUACAGUAGGCUGUCUUUUCUAUUGCUGCUUAUUUCCAAGCGACUUUCAGGGGGAAAAACGAAACCCGAAAGACUCAAACACAGAGAGCCAUCCUGGGUUGCACUGAUAGAUAACCCUCACUUAUUGUUGACAGCUGUUAACACUGAUUUCUGGGUUUAAAUUUCGAGAUUGGUUUUAAUCAUGACUCAGAUAAACAGAAACCUCUCAGGGGACAAUUCAAGCGUGGAUUCUUUAACCCCUCUUGUCAAGAGAAGAGACAACUGUAAGAAAGCAAGCCGGAGCUUGAGUUUAGGAAAUUUUGAAUCUGAAGCCAGGCAGCUAAAUCAAAGCUUUGGAAUAAGCUUAAGGAAUCACAUCAUGGCUGAAGAUUAUAUUGGCAGAUCUGACAGGCUCCUCAUCUCUCAUAGCUUUAUAAAGUACAAUAAAACCUUCCACAAGCUGUUUCCAGAGAUCCCUAAGGAGGAAAAUCUGACACAUGCAUUCACCUGUGCCUUGCAGAGAGAAGUUCUGUAUCAUGGAAAACUCUAUGUGUCGGACAACAAUCUGUGUUUCUAUUCGUCUGUAUUGCUUAAAGAAACCAAGGUGGUGAUUGCUAUUUCAAGAAUAGAGAAGAUAAAGAAACAUAACCCAACUCUGUCUGUGCUAUCUGUACAAACAUCCAGUGGAGAGAAGUAUUUCUUUGCGUCACUGAGGAACUAUAGUCUCUGUUAUGGACUCCUCCAAAGCCUCUGCUGUCAGGAGGAGAGUCCAAAGGAGGAGAGACCUUACCUGUCCUCUCUAGAGUUAGAAGCUGAGCAUGACGUGGCUUCCAGCUUCUCUAGUUUAGAGGACGGUUCUGACCACGUUGAUCUUAACACCAGCGUCGCUCAGAAAGAGGAUGAAGGUACCGAUGCAAACGACUCAUGGAGCUCGACACAAGAUAGCAGCUUCAUAAACGAAAAUAGUGAAGCUGGGUCAUGGAUGUGUUGGUUCCUUGAAAAAGUGGGGCCAUUAUUGUUCUCCAGAGAAAUCCUGAGUCUCCGAGUUGUCGUCUACAUCUUCCUGUUCCUAAUGCUGCUGCUGCUCUUGGUAUCUGGCUACAUCGGGCUGAGGAUCACGGCUCUGGAAAAGCAGCUUAGCUCUCUGGGAGCCCUGACCUCGCAAUACACAGAGUACCAGGAGACAUAACCACCUCAUCUAGCAGCAUCUCAAUAAGGAACCUUGUGAAUUUUGUACGAAACUCCUUUUUAUGUGGAAAAUAUUUUUAUUCAGUAUUGCAUACAGAUACUUUCACAACAGAAGGUAAACUAGUGUUUAAUUCGGAUGUUUUACAGCUAAGGAUAAUGACACUUCCGGGUUGUUUGAACCGGGUUUAGACCUGGACUACCAGUAUCAAGGUGUAACAAGACUUUCUACUACCAAGUAAAUCCUGUGAAAGACCUCCUAUGUUUUAACCCAAUACUGUAUGAAUUAUGUAAAUGGAACAAAUGUAUGUUUUUAUUGUAAAAUAGAUGUUAAAUUAAGUUGAUUAAUUUUAAUAUAGCCAAAACAGAUGCAAUUUUAGUGUGCAUAUUUCAUCCAUAAUAUAUAUUGAAUCUGCCUCAGUUGACAUUAAAGCCUAACUAGACAACUUUA